AUGGCGCCCCCUUCGUUUGCGGCAGCCGCUUUGCUCGCCCUUUCUCUCGUUGCCCCUGGAAGUGCUCUCUCGGCUGUUUCAAGAGUUGCCGUCGAGUCUAGCUCCAAUGCCCCUCUUUUCGAGAGCGAAACACUUCAAUUGACCGAUGAGUCUUUGUCGCAUCUCAGCAAGAACCAGUCGGUUUACUUUGACUUUGCGAAGAACGAUAGUUCUCUGCAAACUCGCACGUUUGGCAAUGGUUGCAAGGUCUUCCCCGGAGACUGGCUGUGGCCCUCAGAGUGGGUCUGGUGGUUGUUUGAUGAGCUUCUGGGCGGUGCACUGAUCAAGACGGUGCCCUUGGCUGCUUCAUGCUACAAAUCAUGGCCCGAGUAUGAUGCCAAUGAGUGCGAGACUCUCACUUCUGAGUGGACCGAUUCCAACAUCCACGCCGCCGACCCUGCCUCCGUGAUGUGGCCUUUGUUCGAGGGACGCUCCUGUCUGCCUACUACUGAUUCCUCUGCCUCUUGUACUGUUGGUGGAUACAGCAGCUACGCUGUUAAUGUCAGCAGUGUUGGACAAAUUCAACUGGCUGUCAACUUUGCUCGCAAUGCUGGUCUGAGACUCGUUGUCAAGAACACUGGUCACGAUUUCAAUGGAAAGUCGACUGGAGCUGGUGCGCUUGGUAUUUGGACCCACAACCUUAAGGAUAUCGAUUAUAUCGCGAACUACAAGAGCUCGAGCUACCAGGGACCCGCCGUCAAGAUGGGUGCCGGUGUUCAGGCUCACGAGAUUUAUGAGAAGGCACAUGUGCUUGGUUUCACUGCUGUUGGUGGAGAGGGCAAGACCGUCGGUGUUGCCGGAGGUUACGUCCUAGGAGGUGGCCACAGCCCCAUGUCUUCGAUCUAUGGUCUUGCUGCUGAUCAAGUCCUUGCUCUCGAGGUCGUUCUGGCCAACGGUCGGUUUGUCACCGUGACUGAGGAGAACAACCCCGAUCUUUUCUGGGCCAUCCGCGGUGGUGGCGGUGGUACUUACGGUGUUGUCACCUCUGUUACCAGCCGUGUCCAGCCUAAGGUUGGUGUGACCGUUUCGACCUUCAGCUUCUCCACCGGCACCGAUGUUUCCGUGGAUGCGUUCUGGGCCGGUGUGCGCUCUUACAUUGAACGCUUCCCCCAGAACGCUGACGCUGGAACUUACGCCUACUUCUGGAUUCUGGCAACUGGCGCCGACUCUUUCACUUUCCUCAUGAACCCUUUCUUUGCCGUCAACCACACCCUCGCUCAGUACAACACUCUGGUGAAGCCGUGGUACAAUGAUCUUGAGGAUCUAGGUAUCUCAAUCACCCCCAACUCUACCUACUACGACAACUUCUACGAUGCCUGGAUGGCCGGUUUCCCCCUCGAGACCGUCGCCUCCUCAGUCAUGAUGACCGGCUCCCGUCUUUUCCCCCGCUCCAACUGGGAAACCUCAUCCUCCUUCAACGCCACCUUCGAUGCUCUCAAGGAGACCAUCAGCGCCGGCUACUCCCUUCUCGCCUUUAACAUGAAGGCCGAGUUGGUCGAUGGAUACCCCUCCAACGCCGCCAACCCAGCAUUCCGCGACACCCUCCUGCAUGCCAUCACUUCUACCAGCUGGGACGCCAACGCUACCAACACCGAGAUCAAGUCCAAGAUGGAGGACUUCACGAACAACGUUCUCGGCAAGUGGCGCGCUGUCAGCCCCGAUGCCGGUGCGUACAUGUCCGAGUCUGAUAUCCUCGAGCCCAACUUCCAACAGGCUUUCUACGGCUCCAACUACGCCCGUCUUUAUAAGUUGAAGCAGCGCUAUGACCCUACUGGUCUUUUCUAUGCUCCCACUGGUGUGGGUAGCGAGGACUGGGUUGUUAAGAGCCUGGAUGGCCUGCCCGAUCAAAAUGGUCGCCUCUGCCGGGCUUAG